AUGUUCCUGAGCAAGGCAUCCGUCAUUCUCCUCGUCGCAUUCUUGGGGACCACAUGGUUUAUGGGAGAUGGAUUUGUUUCUGCGAGUCCGUUGCCGCAAGGAUUCAACCCGAUGAUGAAUCAAAACCCUAACGGGUUUACGGGAGGGCCAGGUUACUACAUAGCUCCUCAGCCUUAUUACUCACCGCAACCACAGCCUUAUUAUGCAACGCAGAGACCUCCACUCAUAAGGACAUGGGAUGGCAUCAACGAUUGGGCUCAGAAUACCGUUCAAGGUAUUUUGGGGCAAAAUGCUGUGAGCCCUCGAAGUCUUUUUUUAUUACUUAAUUGA